AUGGUCACGCCCACAGUGAUUUACUCGGGGACAGUCGGCUGCCAGCUGGAUAGAGUGCCCUUGGAUGUGACGCACAUCUCCGGCAACAUCAGCCUGAUGUCAUGCUCACUUUUGACGGCAGAUGACCUUCAAGUUUUUAGCAAGCUCGUUCACGUGAGCGGGCACGUGAGCAUUGAAUUCAAUUCCGUCUUGACCAAUGUGGAUGGGCUCGCCCGCAUCACCAGCGUCGGCGGCUACUUGACCAUCAACGAGCACUGUGGUGGGAGAUAUCGUGCCUGUGGGGAUCUAAUGGAUUGCUGUGUUGACUUGACACGGAAUAAUGCCGCUUUGGCCAAUGUGAAUGGACUUGCCAGUCUCGGCAGCGUCGGCGGCUACUUGUCCAUCACUGAUAAUUCCAACUUGAGCAACGUGAAUGGACUCGCCAAAAUCACCAACGUCAGCGGCUACCUGCACGUUUCUGGAAAUUCGGCCUUGACCAAUGUGGAUGGCCUGGCCAGUAUCACCAGCACCGGUGGCUACUUGACCGUCAACAAUAAUGAUGCUUUGUGCAAUGUGGAUGGUCUUGCCAGUAUCACCCGCAUCAGUGGCUACUUGACCAUCUACCAUAAUUACAACUUGACCAAUGUGGAUGGACUUGCCAGUCUCACCAAUAUUGGCAGCUUCUUGGCCAUUUACGGGAAUUCCGCCUUGACCAGUGUGGACGGACUUGCCAGCAUCAACAGCAUUCGAAGCUUUUUGUCCGUUUUUGAUAAUUCCAAAUUGACCAACGUGAAUGGACUCGCCAGUAUUACCAGCGUAGGCAGCUACCUGUCCAUCAUUAAUAAUGACGCUUUGGCCAAUGUGGAUGGACUUGGAAACAUCUCCAGUGUUGGCAACUACUUGUCCAUCACAGAUAAUUCCAACUUGACCAAUGUGGAUGGACUUGCCAGCAUCACCAGCGUCAGCGGCGAAUUGUCCAUCACUGGGAAUCGCCUUCUGGCCGACGUGGAUGGACUUGCCAGGGUCACCAGCAUCGGAGACUUGUCCAUCGCUGUACGCUGCCGCUUCACGGCGUGUCACUCUGAAUGUGCCGUGUCCAUGGCCGCAGCUACACAACACGACGCCCUGACGAAUGUGAAUGGACUUGCCAGUAUCACCAACAUUGGCAGCUACCUGGCCAUUGCCGAAAAUUCGGCCUUAACCAAUGUGGAUGGAUUUGGAAACAUCACCAGCGUCAGCGGCUUUUUGUCCAUCACUAAUAAUGACGCCCUGACCAAUGUGAACGGGCUUGCCAGUGUAAAACGCCUUGGCAGCUACUUAUCUAUCAAUGGGAACGCCGCCUUGGCCAACGUGGGUGGACUGGCCAGUAUCACCAGAGUCGGCGGCUACCUGUCCAUCUCUAUCUCUAAUACUGAGGCCUUGACCAAUGUGGAUGGGCUUGAAAACAUCUCCAGUGUUGGCAACUACAUAUCCAUCACUAAUAAUUUCAACUUGACCAAUGUGGAUGGACUUGCCAGUAUCACCAACAUUGGCAGCUACCUGGCCAUCUACAAUAACAACGCUUUGUGCAAUGUGGAUGGACUUUCCAGUAUUGCCAACGUUGGCAGUAACUUGCACAUCAAUGAGAAUCCCGCCCUGACCAAUGCGAAUGGACUCGGCAGUAUCAUCAGCGUCAGCGGCUACUUGUCUGUCUACGUGCGCUUCUAUAUCAUGCCGUGUUACCCCGUGCCUGGCGUGUCUGUCGACGCGGAUGAGCAUUUUGCUGGGAAUAAUGACGCCAUGACCAAUGUAGAUGGAUUUGGAAAUAUCACAACUGUCGGCCGCUUCUUGUCCAUCAACAAUAACAACGCUUUGUGCAAUGUGGAUGGCCUUGCCAGUCUCGGCAGCGUCGGCGGUUACGUGUCCAUCUCUUAUAAUGACGCCUUGACCAAUGUCGGUGGACUUGCCAGUCUCGCCGAAAUUCGCGGCUACCUCUCCAUCACAAUGCCCAGCUACCGCUACGUCAAAGAAGACGACAUCGUUACAGGGCGUGGAACAAAGCUUAUGAAGGACAAAAACCGAGUGACCCUCGUUCUAGCCACAACACUCUCCGGGCUGAAAGUACCCCCAUUGAUCAUUGGGACAGCCAAACGCCCGCACUGCUUCGACUAUGAUCCGCCAAAUGAAGGAGAUAUCAAUCUCUACACCCACCAGCAAAGCGCCUGGGCCGACAGAGCCAAGAUUGUCCAUUGGAUCAACAAAAUCCUCCUUCCUUGGAAGCGACGGUUGGUUGGAGCAGCAAAGAUCCUUCUCAUCUGGGACAACGCGCCCGCGCACAACGUGAGCAACUUCGAGUUGGAUGCGCCUGCGGAGGAGCUUGAAAUUCUCUGCCUUCCCCCAAACCUCACCAGCCAAUACCAGCCCAUGGAUGCCGGUAUCAUAUCCGCGUUCAAGAGACGUUACAGAACCGCCAUGAUUCACGAAUAUGUGAAAGUCACGGCCACUGACGAGGCGUACAAACAAGCUCUGGAACGAGGCGAAACGACAAGGAAGCGCAGAGGUUGCUCAACGCUUGCCCAAGGCAUCAAGUAUGGUCAGAUGCCCAGCAUGUCUGAUGCUGUCAAUCUUUCUGGCAAAGCUUGGGGGGAAUUGACAGCUGAGACGGUGACCAAUUGUUGGCUCAAGGCAAAAUGCCUCCCUGCAACUAUAGUCCGUCCACAUGCUGACUCGUUGUCCAUAACCGCGACCAGCUUCACCCCCAUGGAGACAAACGGUGAUGCAUCAACAGAUGAGUUGAGCGACACGGACCUGCCUGCACUUGUGGCAGACGAGCUGAGCGACACAGACCUGCCUGCACUUGUGCAGGCCAUGGAUCACAUUAGCAAUGUUGUCCUCCGCAGCGGCCCGCCAGACAUCUGCGAGGAGCUCGUGGAGGAAAGUGAAGUGGCGCUGGCUGAGAAGCUUCAGGCGCUGAGAUUCCAGUUGUCGUCCUAUGAAGACACUGAGGCGGUCACUGUCGCAAUGUCCAGGCUGGUGCUUGAGGACGAGGUCAACACUGCCCACCAAGCCGCCGAAGAGCAGCGAGUGGAGGCUGAACGUCAAGUCGAAAAUCAACGCGAAGUCAAGUCCUUGAAGGAAAUAGCUCUGAAGUACGCCGAAGCAUACUAUGACGCUCUCACCCAGCUGCGCCUACGGGGCGAGGAGACGGGCGAAGCCAUCGAGCGUUUGAAUUAG